AGCACAAAAUCUUAACGCUACAUGAUCAAGAGAUUCAGGACAAAAUCCCUUUAUCAUUUUACUAAUAUGUGAGUAUAAAUCAAACAUAUCCUUCACCACCACUUUCAUCAUCUCAAUUUUGCUAAUUAGAAUGGAGUUUUCUGGCACUAAUCUCUCUUUUUGCUUUCUUUUUAUCGCUUUUGCUACCAUUUUGAACCCUAUUUUUGCUCUGAAAAGCUGUGAGUUUCCGGCCAUCUUUAACUUCGGUGACUCGAAUUCCGAUACCGGUGCAAUGCCGGCUGCCUUCCUUCCCCCUAACCCUCCUUAUGGAAAGACUUAUGUUCAGAUGACUCCAGAGAGGUAUUCUGAUGGAAGACUGAUUAUAGAUUUUACGGUUUUGAAUAAACUGUCAGCCCAGAGUUUGAAUCAUCCCUAUCUGAGUGCAUAUCUUAAUUCCAUGGGGACAAACUUCAGCCGUGGUGCGAAUUUUGCAGCAGCAGGAUCCACAAUCAGAAUACCAACUAGCAUUAUACCUCAUGGGAUAUCUAGUCCAUUCUCUCUAGACGUGCAGCUCCAGCAAUUCUUGCAAUUCAAACUCAAAUCACAAUUGAUAAGGAAGCAAGGUGGUGUGUUUGCAACAUUGAUGCCAAAGGAAGAACUUUUUCCCAAGGCUUUGUACACGUUUGAUAUUGGUCAAAAUGAUAUUGGAGAUGCAUUGUUGAGCAAAUUGACAAUUGAGGAAGUGAAUGCAUCUGUUCCAGAUGUUGUGAACAGGUUCUCAGCAAACAUCCAGAGUAUCUACAACUUGGGAGGCAGAACAUUUUGGAUUCACAACACAGGACCAAUUGGCUGUCUUCCUUAUAUUUUAGCUAAUUUUCCAUCAGAAAAGGACGAUGCAGGCUGUGCAAAACCUUACAAUGAAUUAGCUCAAUACUUUAAUGCAAAGCUGAAUGAGUCCAUAGUUCAUCUCAGGAAGAAUUAUCCUUGGGCUGCAUUCAUAUACGUCGAUGUCUAUUCUGUCAAGUAUUCUUUAUACACCACACCCAUAAAAUAUGGGUUUGAGCUUCCAUUAAUGGCAUGUUGUGGGUACGGAGGAAUGUACAACUACAGCAAUAAUGCAGGAUGUGGAGCUAAAAUUGUGGUGAAUGGAAGUGAAGUAGUUGUGGGGUCGUGUGAUCGGCCAUGGGUUCGAGUCAAUUGGGAUGGGAUUCAUUAUACUGAGGCAGCCAACAAGUUUGUGUUUGAUCAAAUUUCAAGUGGAGCAUUUUCUCAACCACCUGUUCCUUUAAGUAUGUCAUGUAUGAGGUUUAAUAAUAUUGCAUUUUGACAUCAUUUCUGGUCAGAAAUACAAUUUCUGUUUUUCCUGUUGAGUUAA